AUGCUGAGCGGUACUGUUGUGGUACAGAUGUGGAGUCUUCAGAACAGGAGAGACCCGGACUUGCUGGAGAGCAUCUGGAGCAAGGCCCCAAAAACGAUCUCAGGGAUGGAGCACCUCCUGGGGAUGCUGGGGCCGGGGGGAACCAUGGGCGGAGAGGAUCAUGCUAUAAUUAAAGUGGCUUGGAAAGAAGGGGUGGAUGUAACCUGCACUCCUUCCUUUGGAUGCUUUGAUCCCAGUUUAGUCACCGGCUCGGCUGCAGAGUGCCCCUUGUUCCAUGGGACAGUGGAGGACAUCUGUGGCUCCGAGGGCAGCCUGUCCCCGGCUGCUUUGUUCUGCAUCAAAAAGCCCGAACUGCAGUCCCGAACAUUUGACAUAUGGAAAAUUCAGAAUAUUUUCCAAAAGCCCCCGAGUGCUCGGGUUGCUCCCAGCUGGCAGAGCUGGGAUUGGGGGGAGGUGGGUCCCAAGGGUUGUGGCACUGCUGACACCGCUCUCCUCCUUCCGCAGGCCAUCAGCAUCAGCAAAGCCAUCAACACACAGGAGGCGCCAGUGAAGGAGAAGCAUGCACGCAGGAUCAUUCUGGGGACGCACCACGAGAAGGGCGCCUUCACCUUCUGGUCCUACGCCAUCGGGCUGCCCCUGCCCAGCAGCUCCAUCCUCAGCUGGAAGUUCUGCCAUGUCCUGCACAAAGUCCUGCGUGAUGGCCACCCCAACGUCCUGCAGGACUGCCAGCGGUACCGCAGCAACAUCCGUGAGGUGGGAGACCUGUGGGGCCACUUGCAUGACCGCUAUGGGCAGCUGGUGAGCAUCUACACACGGCUGCUCCUCACCAAGAUCUCCUUCCAUGCCAAGCACCCCGAGUUCCCCGCAGGCCUCGAGGUCUCAGAUGAGGUCCUAGAAAAGACAGCAGGCACGGACGUGAAUAACAUCUUCCAGCUGACAGUGGAGCUCUUCGACUACCUGGACUGCGAGCUGAAGCUGUCAGAAUCAGUUUUCCGGCAGCUCAACACCUCCAUGGCAGUGUCACAGAUGUCAGCGGUGCAGUGCCGCCUGGCACCCCUCAUCCAGGUCAUCCAGGACUGCAGCCACCUCUACCACUACGCCGUCAAGCUCAUGUUCAAGCUGCACUCCUGUCUACCGGCUGACACACUGCAGGGCCACCGGGACCGCUUCCACGAGCAGUUCCGCAGCCUCAAAAACUUCUUUAAGAAGGCCUCUGACAUGCUGUAUUUCAAGCGGCUCAUCCAGAUCCCCCGGCUGCCCGAGAGCCCCCCAAACUUCUUGCGGGCUUCGGCGCUGGCGGAGCACGUGAAGCCGGUGGUUGUCAUCCCUGAGGAGGCCCCUGAAGACGAGGAGCCAGAGAACCUCAUUGAGAUCAGCACAGUCUCCACCACAGAGCCACAGGUCACCUCAGAUAUCUUUGAGCAAACCUUUGGGCCGCCCAACGGCAUUCGGGAUGACAGGGACGCACAGAUUGAGAGCCUGAAGAAGGAGGUGGACACACUCCGUGCUGAGAUGGAGAAAAUCAAACUGGAGGCACAGCGCUACAUCACACAGCUCAAGGCGCAGGUUAACAGCCUGGAGGGAGAAGUGGAGGAGCAGCGCAAGCAGAAGCAGAAGGCACUGGUGGACAACGAGCAGCUCCGGGAUGAGCUGGAGAGGCUGCAGCAGGCAAAGCAGGACAGCGAGCGGUCCCUGCGGCUCUGCGCUGAGGCAGAAAAGAAAGCCAGUGCCACCGAGAUGCGCUACACGAAGCUGAAGGAGAAGCACAGUGAGCUCAUCAAUACUCAUGCUGAGCUCCUGAGGAAGAACGCCGACACCGCCAAGCAGCUGACGGUGACGCAGCAGAGCCAGGAGGAGGUGGCACGUGUCAAGGAGCAGCUGGCGUUUCAGGUUGAGCAGGUCAAGCGGGAAGCGGAGCUGAAGCUGGAGGACCAGAGCGUGCAGAUGGAGCAGCUGCGGCAGGAGCUGGAGGCACGGCGGGAUGAGCUGGAUCAAGCCCAGCGCUCACUUGGCCACGCCAAGCAGGCAGGCACGGAGCUCAGCGCCCAGCUGGAGACCCUGCAGGCGGAGAAGGAGCAGCUGAGGCGGUCGGUGAGUGAGAAGGAGUGUGAGCUGCUCUCAGUGCACAGCCUUGUCCAGGAGAAAGAGCUGCAGCUGAGCCAGGAGGCUGACAAGGCCUCCAAGGAGAUCUGCGAGCUGCAGGGCAGGCUGCUGGAGAAGUGCAAUCAGGAGCAGAGCCUGCAGCAGAAGCUGCUGGAUGAGCAGUUCAGUAUCCUGCAGGAGACGGUACGGGAAGCCGAAGGCAUCUUCCGUGAUGCAAUGGCCAAGCUGGACGACCCACUGCACGUCCGCUGCACCAGCUCCCCAGAUUACUUGCUCAGCCGGGCAGAGGCAGCGCUGGAGUCCACAGACGCCUUGGAGAGCGGGCACGCGCAGUACGUGGCCUCCAUGGCAGAUGCUGCAGCACUGGUGGGUGCCCUGGCCCUCUUUGCUCACCUGACGGCCGACACCAUCGUGAACGGCAGUGCCACAUCCCACCUGGCUCCCACCGACCACGCUGACCGGCUGACAGAGACGUGCCGGGACUGCGGGCAGCGUAGCCUGGACUACCUGGGCAAGCUGAAGGACAAGCAGACGUUGGGAUGUGCUGAGCUGGGGGAUGUGCGGCAGGCGCUGCGGGGCGUCCUGGGGCUGGCCCAGGAGCUGAGGCCGAAAAGUUUGGACAUCAAGCAGGAGGAGCUGGGGGACAUGGUUGAGAAGGAGAUGGCUUCCACCUCUGCAGCAAUAGAAGACGCUGUCAGACGAAUAGAGGACAUGAUGAGCCGGGCCAGGAACGAAAGCUCUGGCAUCAAACUUGAAGUGAAUGAGCGGAUUCUGAACUCCUGCACAGAUUUAAUGAAGGCUAUUAGGCUUCUUGUAAUGACAUCAACAAACUUACAGAAGGAGAUUGUGGAGAGUGGUCGGGGGGCAGCAACAACUCAGGAGUUUUAUGCCAAGAACUCCCGCUGGACCGAAGGGUUGAUCUCUGCCUCCAAGGCCGUGGGCUGGGGAGCUACACAGCUUGUGGAGUCCGCAGACAGAGUUGUCUUGCAGACAGGCAAAUAUGAAGAGCUGAUUGUCUGCUCCCAUGAAAUCGCUGCCAGCACGGCCCAGCUGGUGGCUGCCUCCAAGGUGAAAGCAGAGAAGAGCAGCAGGAACUUGGGCAAGCUGCAGGAGUGCUCCCGCAACGUCAAUGAGAUGGCAGCCAAUGUGGUGGCCUCCACCAGGUCGGGGCAGGAGCAGAUUGAGGAUAAAGACACCAUGGACUUUUCGGGCAUGUCCCUCAUCAAGCUGAAGAAGGAAGAAAUGGAGACACAGGUGAAGGUGCUGGAGCUGGAGAAGUGCCUGGAAGGCGAGCGGGUGCGCCUGGGUGAGCUGAGGAAGCAGCACUACGCCUUGGCUGGGCCCUACGAUGCGGCGGAGGACGGGGAGGCCCGGCCAGCACCAGCUCCCAGAAGAGGCAUCCUCAAAAAGCCGGCCCUCGCCCAGAAACCCGGCCAUGUCCCAGGGCCGGGCGGGGAGCCCGAGCGAGAUGCCAGCCUGCACCGGGCCCACGUUGUCAACUUCUAGCUGGAUGGAGGGGACCAGGCCUGCGCCAUCAGAGCUCUUACAUCUGUGUUUUAAACAGAUCGCCUUGCCUCUGGCGUGCCUUCAUGCGUGGGGGUCUCCUCCUCACCCAGCCUGAGAAACUGGAAGUAUUUUUUUUUCUUUCUUUUUUUCCAACCAAAAACUUGAUUUUUAUUUUUUUUUUCCUAUCAGUUCCUCUCCAUGAAGCAGCCGGGCUCCCAGGCCCCAUGAGCUGCCAGCCCUGCAUCUCGUUUGGUUUAAUUUAAUUUAGGAUUUAUUUGGGUUGAUUUAUUUUAUUUUAUUUUUUAACUUUAUCAGCACUAGACCCCUUCAGUAAAUGUAGCUCUACUGUACUGCUCGGACCCUUUUGAAGAAUGUGAGGUGUUUUUGAAGUAGGAAACUGUUGGGCUUUUCUUGCACCUGUGUUUUUUUUUAACUUCCCCUUCAGGAAUAUUUUGACCUCGUUUUGGUGUGGGAUCAGCUCUCAGCAAAGAGGGGAAUGUCUCUUUUUACUGGGCUUUCAGAAGGGAGAAAGCAGUUCCUGGCACACACUGGCAAUAAGGAUACAAGCAUCUUUUUAUUUCCUUUUCUAUUUUUUAUUACUACAGCAACACCAGAGGAGCAGUUGCAUUAUGUUUUAUAUUUAAGAUAAUUAGCAGAAUUAAAUCUAAAUGUGGCCUGCAGGAGCCCAGGUCCAUUAUAUGUGGUGAAUUCUGCAGCAAUAAGGAAACCAAUGUGAGGAGACGUGGUGGCACAGGAAACACAGCUGGCUUAUCUUCUCUUUGAACUGCUACUGGACGUAGAUUAUUAAAGCAGCAAUAUUUAAA